AUGGCGCUCAAGGCAAUCUCUGCGAAAGAUGCAGCAUCUCUCGACAAGGAUCUCAUGGAGAUUGGAGGCUGGUCGCUUGACCAGCUAAUGGAGCUCGCAGGCCUCUCUGUUUCUCAAGCUGGCAAGUACCUGGCUGCACCUGAGCUCCAAGACUACAAUGUCCUUGUAGUCUGUGGGCCUGGUAACAAUGGAGGCGAUGGACUGGUAGCAGCCCGACACCUCGCCCAGUACGGCUACAACCCAUCCGUAUAUUACCCCAAGCAAGGCAAAAAUGAGCUGUACCAGCGCCUGAAAGUACAACUGGAGAAUCUCUGUGUCCCAUUCAUAACCGAUUUUGAAGCAGAACUCCAGAAAACAGACUUCCUCGUAGACGCCAUCUUCGGCUUCUCCUUUGGCGGGCCUCUCCGUGCCCCGUUUGGCGAAAUCGUUUCUCAGAUCGAGAAAUCGUCUGUGCCAGUCCUAAGCGUCGAUGCGCCCAGCUCUUGGGAUAUCCAAGCCGGACCACCGAAAGAAGGUCCUGGUGCGACGUUUAUGCCGAAAGCACUUAUCAGCCUGACGGCGCCGAAGCCCUGCGUGCAGUAUUACCGCGGUCGCCAUUUUAUUGGAGGGCGGUUUCUGACUAGGACUAUUGCAGAGAAGUAUGGGCUGGAUUUGCCACAGUACCAGGGCAUUGAUCAGAUUCUAGAGGUGGGAGUUGAUGCGGAGGGUCGACUCUAG